ACCAAUGUCAAUUCAAACACAUCAACUUUUGGUUCACUUAUGAAGUGUAAAGUGAAAUGUUAACAUUUUUCGGUUUAUAGAUAAAUUGAAUUCGAAUUCGAAAUGGUGAAUGAAGAUGGCAGCGGCGACCCCGCCGAUGUUAAAGAUCUCGAAGUUCGAGCGAUAAUCGGUUUUGAUGGAUCGACUCCAAGAGGUCUCAUUAUACACCCAAAUGGUAAACAUAUUCUUUAUCCGAUUGGCAACAAAAUUUCCAUACAAGACUGGGUAACAAAACAGCAAAGUUUUUUAACUGGACAUACUAACAUUAUAUCUGCUAUGGAUGUUUCAAGAUCAGGAAAAUAUGUAGCCAGUGGUCAGAUAAAUCAUAUAGGAUUCAAGGCAUCUGUUAUAAUAUGGGAUUUCGAGAAACGCUGCAUUCUGUCUCAACACGAAUUGCACAAAGUCAGAGUUGAAGCAGUGAUGUUCUCUUUCGAUGACCAGUAUUUGGUAUCCUUAGGAGGACGGGAUUGUGGCUCUGUUGUGGUUUGGAGUAUUCCAACUUGUAGUGCCUUAUGUGGAGGACAGGUGUCUAGGGGUAUCCAAGGAACUGUAACUUGUUUGCUAACAAUGAAUCGUCGAGGAGCCUGCUAUGUUACUGGAGGAGAAAAUCAUCUUGCGUCGUGGCAUAUCAACGCAGAAGCCAGAAGCACUCACUGUGUGGACGUGAAUAUGCUCAAGAUAAAAAGAACGAUCGUUUGUCUCGAUGCAGAUGAUAGGGACGAGGUUUGUUACUGCGGUACAAGUACAGGUGAUAUUCUGAAGGUGCGUUUGAAUUUUCACCAUGACAUAGAAAUCUUACAACCUAUCAAAACCCCAGCUCUUGUCGGAUGUUAUGGGAGAAUAUCAAAAAAUCCGAAAAAGCUGCCAGCAGGAGUAGUAGAAAUGUAUGGACAGGGGGUGACAGCGAUAAAGAGGCUUUUUACUGGACCUCUUAUAGUUGGAGCUGGUGAUGGAACUGUCGAAUUAGUGGAAGAAGUAAAAUACGAGAAGAAGAAAACAUAUGCCACCAACUUAGGACUGAAAGUACCGACUGUUCCUGCUUUGAGAGUUAAAUUAUCAACUUGUGUGAAAUCUUCAGUCAAUGCGAUCCAAAUGAUGGGCGAGAAGACUAUUUUGGUGUCGACAACGAAUUGUGAAAUUUUCGUCAUAGACAAGAAAACCUUUCAAGCCAAUUUGGUGGUAACAUGUCACACUUCUACGAUUUAUCACGUCAAUUUUCCAUAUGAUUUUUCUGAAGUUUUUGCCACUGCCAGCAAAAAUGAUGUGAGACUUUGGUCAGCCAUCACGAUGCAAGAACUCCUAAGGAUUCGGGUGAAAAAUUUCAGUUGCUCGAAUGUAGUUUUUGCCAAAGACGGCAAAUCAAUUUUGACCAGUUGGAACGACGGUGUUAUCAGAGCUUUCACACCUUUAACCGGUAGAUUGAUUUAUGAAAUCUACAAUGCUCAUAAUAAAGGUGUAUCUGCCUUGGGCAUGACCAAACAUGGAAAAUUGCUAGUUAGUGGAGGAUGUGAAGGACAAGUUAGAUUAUGGAAGAUAUCACCCCAUUCGCAAUCUCUGGAGUGCACACUGAAGGAACAUAAGGGACCAAUCUCAGCCAUCCAUCUGAACCAUAGCGAUACAGAAGCUGUUAGUGCCAGCACGGAUGGUUCUUGUAUUAUAUGGGAUAUCAUAAGAUAUUGUCGUCGUCAGAUCCUCUUCGCCAAUACUCUCUUUAUGUGUGCGAGAUACUAUCCAACUAGUGUUCAGAUCCUCACAGGCGGUUCUGAUAGAAAAAUUUCAUAUUGGGAGGUCUUAGAUGGAACUCUUGUGAGGGAACUUGAUGCCUCUAGAUCUGGAGCAAUAAACGCCGUGGAUAUAUCUCCUGAUGGUGACAGUUUCGUGAGUGGAGGAAACGACCAGAUUGUCAAGCUGUGGAAAUACCAAGAGGGAAUUACAACUCAUGUUGGAGUUGGCCAUUCCGGUGUUAUAACAGCAGCAUGCUUCAGUCCGGACGGUAAAUCAGUGGUAACAACGGAUGCAUCUGGGAGUGUGUUCAUAUGGAAGUUUCCAACGGAGCUCAAGAAAGGACCACCGCCAGAUAUUCCACCAAUAUCCAUUCAACCGAAGGUGGAAGAAGUUCAAGUUAAUCAGAAAGAUGAAGGGAAAGUUGAAGAUAUAAAAGAUCUCCCUUCAACUGACCGUAAAAUAGUGAGCGAACACGGAGAACACGGGGCUUGCUGCCCAUGUACCUGUUAUUGUAAAAACCCUGUGGAAGGAAAAAAACAGAAAGGAUGACGGUCGCACCGAGGAUUGAUUUGAUUUUUAUGUUGAUUAUUAAUUUAUACAUAAUAUGAAAUCAUUUUAUCAUGCAAUGAUUGAUAACAAUUAUUCCAUAAUACUUGUGGUGCAGAAAUAAAAUCGAUAUAUUUUUUCU